AUGGUUGGUUGGAAGAAAUAUGCGCGAAUAAUUUUGCCUCACGUUGGUCUCAUUAUCUUAUCAAUGUUAUAUACAAUUGGCGGUGCAUUUGCAUUCUAUUAUCUGGAACGACCUUAUGAGACUGUUGUGAGACGUGAAAGUUUACGAGAUAUUUCUGCUCAACGAAAAUUAAUGCUUGAUGAAUUAUGGAUUAUGCUAAACGAUGAAUCAAUCUCAGAUGAGGAAAUUGAACGUUUAGCUCUUCAUCACGUAGACAACGUGACACGUGUAUUGUUUGAAGCCUUUGAUACACAUUACAUUAGCGCCUCACAUCUACGAAGUCGAAGUAACACUUCAACCGCUUCAAUUGAUUUCAUGGAAGAAGAGGAGGAAUAUAACUGGACCUUUAUAACAGCUCUCUUUUUUACAGCAACUCUUCUGACAACAAUUGGCUAUGGUAAUUUGGUACCGGUAACAUUUCAAGGACGAAUGUUUUGCAUUAUCUAUGCUCUAUUUGGUGUACCGCUUGUACUUAUCACUGUUGCUGAUAUUGGCAAAUUCCUGAGUGAAAAUAUUCUUUGGCUAUAUGCAAAAUAUACAGAAGCGAAGAAAAAGUACAAAGGGAGGAGAAGUCUAUGUAUGCCAUCAAUGGUCGGUGAAAUAAGUGAUAAUGUAAAGGAUCAAUUACUGCAGUUCGAACUGGAACAGUUUAUUUCAAUACCAAUUCUAUUGGUUGUUGGAAUGCUACUUGGUUAUAUCACAAUUGGUGCUGUCUUACUUGCUUUAUGGGAAUAUUGGGAUUUCUUCUCUGGUUUCUACUUCUCAUUUAUUACGAUGACUACGGUCGGAUUUGGCGAUAUUGUACCAGUCAAGCAAGAAUACUUCCUGUUCGAUCUUUUCUACAUUUUUGUCGGACUAGCCAUAACGACAAUGUGUAUUGAUUUGGUUGGAAUUCAGUAUAUUCGCAAAAUUCAUUAUUUUGGACGAGCCAUUAAAGAUGCUCGUUAUGCGCUCGUGAAUGUUGGCGGAAGAAUGGUACAUAUUCCGGAUUUAAUGCGAUAUGCAUCCGUUUUACAUCAGAAAUAUGGUCAUGGUCAGAAAAGACAAGGACAUCAGAUGCUGCUAAAAGGCGCCUAUACACCGGAAGAUUUACCACUUAUCCGAUACAUCGACUACGGAUCAUUAGCUAGUGAAGAUAGUCGGAUACAUUUUCUCACUAACAUAUUCAAUAAAUCUAAUGAACUUAGUACGGUUUGA